CAGGCAGUCCAAGUCGCGCGCUUGUGUUUCGUUCUAUGGAGAAUGAUGUUGCGAAAGUUAUGGUCGAGUUUUUGCCCAUGAGCGAAUUGGAUCUCAAUAGUGCUGUUCGACUGACGAUGCGGAGGGUUAAAGGAUGUCUUGGGCUUAUUAACGUUGGUGAUGAUGCGUUUCUUGCCGUUGUACUCUCCGCCACAGAAGUUGGGAACAUGCGUCCCUCUGGGGGCACCCCUGAAGGCGUUGCACGUAUACAUGACGUAGGCUUCUUCUCUCUCAACUCCAGUGCAUGGGACAAUUUGUCUACGGGAGCAGCAGAAGCUAUGCCAGGCGGCGCACCGGCCGGCAUCGGUGACCACGACGAAUACAAUCCAUAUUCUCAAGCGCCUCAACCUGUCUAUGAGCAUCCCUGCGCACCACUCAUGAAGAUUUUGUCCUCUGGCACAUUCUACUAUGCGCUCUCGCCACAAUGGGACAUAUCAUCUCGUCUCUCACGACGAAUAACGAAAGGGAAGCAGCUUAGAAGCGAAUAUGACGAUCGGUUCUUGUGGAACGAGUAUAUCGUUCGCUGUCUGCUCGACUUCAGAGAUAAGCUCGACCUUUCGGAGCGGAGUGAGUUGGAUCAGUGUCAAUUUAUUGUGUUAGCCAUCCAAGGAUAUGUUGGUGUCUUUACUGUCGCCUUACCUGCUCCCCCGACCAAUGGGAUGCCCGUUAUCGCGACUAUCUCACUCAUCUCGCGUUUGGGCUGGAAACGUGCUGGGACACGGUUUAAUACCCGAGGAAUUGAUGAUGACGGCAAUACUGCAAAUUUCGUUGAGACGGAAACAAUAUUUAAUACCGAUGAAAAUUAUUUUAGCUAUGUUCAAGUUCGCGGUAGUGUUCCGUUGUUCUGGGAACAACAGGGCCUCCAAACCUUCGGCCAGCGCAUCCAAUUAACACGUCCACACGCAUCACAACCUUCAUUUGACAAGCACUUCGCAAGCCUCACUGAAGAAUAUGGGUCCGUCCAUGUCAUCAACCUUCUCGGCACAAAAGAAAACGAAGCUAUCUUGUCUUCCGCGUAUGCACAGCACCUUCAUGCGGCGCGCAAUGCUGUUUUUGGUAAUGAUGUUGGGAUGACGAACUUUGAUUUCCAUGCUAUUGUGCGAAUUGGUGGUCAUGAGAGUGUGAUGCGUGAGCUCAGGCGACAAGAGGGCAUUCAGCAUAAUGCAGAUCAGUUUGGUUAUACAUUAUACGAUUCUAAGUUACACGAAAUUGUGGUAGAGCAAAAUGGUGUUUUCCGUACAAAUUGUUUAGACUGUCUAGAUCGCACGAAUUUCAUCCAGGAUAUUCUUUCACGAACCUCAUUAGAACAGCAUCUUUUCCUCGUCCGUCGAGAGUGGAUCGGGUCCAACUCAUUAUGGACGAAUCAUAGAGAAUUAUGGGCAGAAAAUGGAGACGCGCUUUCGCGAAUAUAUGCGGGAACUGGGGCUUUGAAUACUAGCUUUACGAGAAGUGGGAAGCGCACUUUCGGAGGUAUCCUGUCCGAUGCCACGAAAAGUGUGUCUCGAGCAUAUAUCAAUAAUUUCCAAGACAAAGGCAAGCAGUCGGCUAUUGACAUGUUUCUUGGUAAUAUGGCAUUCCAAAAACCUAUAUCGAUAUACGAUCCAAUACACGAUACUGUCAAUACAGCACUUGCGCGAAGGAUAUCUGAAUACUCGACCAAAAAGCUUAGUACGAUCUUUGCUGGGACUUGGAAUCUGAAUGGACGGUUACCGUCAGAGUCGUUAUUGCCUUGGCUAUUCCCUCGGUCGAAUCAUGAUGAACCAGAUUUGAUUGUAUUAGGCUUCCAGGAGAUUGUUCCUCUUAAUGCUCAACAGAUCCUUCAAACUGACCCCGAGAAAAGACGUAUCUGGGAGAAUGUUAUCAUGAAUACUCUGGAGCAACGCCCAAACAAAAAAGCAAACUAUGUCCUAUUACGGAGUGAACAGCUUGUGGGGACUGCUCUUUUCGUCUUCGUGAAGGCGUCCUUACUCGGUUCGAUCCGAAAUGUCGAGGCGACCACGAGGAAGACCGGACUAAGGGGCAUGUCGGGAAACAAGGGCGCUGUGGGAAUAAGACUCGACUUCCACGAUACAAGCUUCUGCUUCCUCACGGCACACCUAGCAGCCGGACAUUCAAACAUCGAAGAACGCAAUAGCGAUUAUCGGACAAUCGUGAACGGCUUGCACUUUCAAAAGGGGAAGACCAUUGACAGCCACGACAACGUGAUAUGGCUCGCGGAUACCAAUUAUAGGAUUGACUUGGACAAUGACAGUGUUCGGGCAUUUGCAGAGCGAGAUGAGCUAGACGCACUUGUCGCAGCUGAUCAGCUCCGGAGGGUGAUAGACUCGCACAUGGCCUUUGUCGGCUACGAGGAAGGUCCCCUUCUUUUCCGACCAACGUAUAAAUACGAUUUACAUUCAGCGCGAUAUGAUACAAGCGAGAAAGUCCGCAUACCCGCAUGGACAGAUCGCAUAUUGUACAAAGGAGCGGAUCUUGACCUCAUCGUAUAUUCCAGAGCGGAAUUGAUGGGCUCCGAUCACCGCCCCGUGUUCGCAAUCUUCCGUGCGGAAGUCCGCGUGAUUGAUGUACCCAAGCGGAAUGCCUUACAGCAUCUGCUGCUGGAUAGCGUCGUUUCAACGGAGCCGGGUGAAAAGCUUGACGAAAAGUUAGCUUUGAUGUCGUUAGGCGAUGAACCUCCGGAGGAUCUCCCCCCGCCCAGCUCGGAAGAGGACGCCUGGUGGAUAGACGCCGAACACCCUGACGGCGUCUACGCCACCGAACAAAUUCUCUCCAAGACGCGUGAGGCAAGAGGACCCUCGAAUCCUUUUGAUUCAAUGCCUGAAACUCCGGUGUCAUCGCCAUCUUUAACAGACGAGGAGCUCUACACAGAUGCCUUGUCCCUGGCAACCCCAACUGUUGUGCCUAGGAAGCCUCCGCCCCCUCCCCCUCCGCCACGUAGCACGAAGCCUGCUGUCGUUCUAUCAUCAGGAAUAGACCCAAGCUGA